AACUUAAAAAAAAAAAUUCAGCCUCAUUGCCAGAUUGAAACGAUACUAUCGAAACGAACCUACAGGGAUUAACACGAAAGAAAAACAAACUAUAUCGGAACAAAAAUGAAAACCCGAAUAAGCUACGGGGACUGUUGGUGCAAUUUUAAUAUUUUGGUCCCAACUAAUUAUUACAAUUUAAGCAACCAAAUAAUAUUCAGACGCGUUUUUCUGUUAACACAAAAAAGACGUUUACUCUCUCUCUCUGCUUUUUCUUUGACCAUUUCACUUACAUAUACUCCUUCCUCUCCUCCUCCUCUCCAUUUCCAUUCCCCUCCUCCAUCGCCGACGAUGCUUCUCCUUAAACCCAUUGCUCUCCUCCUCCUCCUCCUCCUCCUCUCCGCCGUCCCCAUUCCCGCAAACGCAAUCCGAUCGUUCCCGGACUCGCAAACCCAACCGGGAAAUGAAAAACGAUUCCACAUGGAUUUCUCAGAAGCUCCCAAAUACACAAACGGAAUCAGCUGCCCUGUUCUUCCGGGUGCAGCAAACGACGUCUGCGAUUCCUCCCUCGUCCACGUCGCAAUGACCAUCGAUUCCGAGUACUUGCGCGGCACCAUUGCCGCCGUGCACUCUGUUUUCAAGCAAGCCUCCUGCCCGGAGAACAUAUUCUUCCACUUCGUCGCCUCGGAUUCCGGCUCGGUUGAUUCUCACCGCCUCUCUCGCAUUCUGACGUCAACUUUUCCGGCGCUUAAUUUCCGAGUUUAUAUCUUCAGAGAGAGUCAGGUGAACCAUCUGAUCUCUCCUUCGAUUCGCCCAGCUCUGGAGAACCCAUUGAACUACGCGAGGAGCUACUUGGCUGAUUUGCUCGACCCCUGCGUUGAGCGAGUGAUAUAUCUCGACUCCGAUGUCGUUGUUGUCGAUGACAUCCAGAAGUUAUGGGGGAUUUCCUUAUCCGGGUCGAGAGUGAUCGGAGCUCCGGAGUACUGCCACGCCAAUUUCACCAAGUAUUUCUCCGACGAGUUCUGGAGCGAUUCCGAGCUCCCCAAGGCGUUCGAUAAAAAAACCCCGUGCUAUUUCAACACCGGCGUGAUGGUCAUCGACUUGGUGAGAUGGAGAGCCGGAGGGUUUACGAGAAAGAUCGAGAACUGGAUGGAGAUUCAGAAGGAGAAGAGGAUUUACGAGCUGGGUUCUCUUCCGCCGUUUUUGCUGGUGUUCGGCGGCGACGUGGAGGCGAUUCACCACCGGUGGAACCAGCACGGCCUCGGCGGCGAUAAUUUGAUGAACAGUUGCAGGCCUCUGCAUCCGGGUCCGGUGAGUUUGCUGCAUUGGAGCGGCGGAGGGAAGCCAUGGACGCGGCUGGAUUUGGGAAUGCCUUGCCCUGUCGAUCUUCUCUGGGCCCCUUACGAUCUCUACAAACACCAUCAAAGUCACCUUCAAGAUCUGCAUCUUCUUCAACAAACACAUCAACAAUUUUUUAUGUUGUAGCAUUAAUUAGGCACAGGAUUAUUUAUUUAUUUAUUUAUUUUUUACAUAAAUUCGUUGAUACAUAGGAGGAAAUAUUAUUUUUACCAGAUGUAAAUAGAGGGAGAGAUUUGAACUGAAUGAAAAUUUUGGAACAUAUCGUUCCGUUUUGCCAAAUUCAGUCAUUUUUUUCUUUUCUCAAGGUGGUCUUCUGGUGCGUUGUACGAUCAACAUAUGCCCAGACCGUCAAUGUGCUCGGUUUUGAUCUUAUUUAGAUCGUCUUUCCAAAUCUUUGAUAGGUUAAGUUAUGUAGAUCAAGAUGCAAGAGGUCAGAAGAACAAGCGAAAAUUAUUGCGGUAUUCCGUAAAACGCUUUCAUUUCGAAGAAGAAGAAUGAUACAGAUGAACUAGUAAAACAAACAAGGUUGACAUAGAUGAACAUGAAGAAUGUACACGCUUCGCACUUUCCCCUCUUCACAAUAAUCCAACAACGCAACUCAAAUGUAAUCGGUUCUCCAAGCCUCUUAAAUGAUGACCUAACAACAUACACC